CACCGAAGAUGGCGAGGCGGCGCGCGCUCAGGCGCAGCGUGCAGCUCUUAGCGCCCUCGGCGGAGCUGGAGCGGCGGGGCCGAGGGCGGAGGAGCGCGGGCGGAGGGCGUCUCUGCAUCGCCCGCGGCUCCGGGGCGCGCUGGCCCCCGGGAUUAGCGACCUCAGCCGGGGAGACGCCACGCCGGGCGCGCCCGACCGCCCUAAGCGCAAGCUUCUCACCAAAGGACAUGGAAGAAAAUGAAAGCAGCCAGUCUCCAACAACAAGCUACCAAUAUCCCAAAGAAACAGUAAGGAAGCGCCAAAAUUCAGUACAGAAUUCAGGAGGAAGUGUGUCUUCUGGGUUUUCCAGGAAAAGCUUCAAACUGGAUUAUAGACUAGAAGAAGACGUAACUAAGUCAAGGAAAGGAAAAGAUGGGAGAUUCGUUAAUCCGUGGCCAACGUGGAAAAACAUCUCUAUUCCAGGUGUCCUCAGGUGGCUGAUAAUGGAGAAAGACCACAGCAGUGUCCCAGGCUCCAAAGAGGAACUUGACAAAGAGCUCCCAGUGCUUAAGCCGUAUUUUAUCAGUGACCCUGAAGAAGCUGGGGUGACCGAGGCUGGCUUACGAGUCACGUGGCUGGGCCACGCCACGCUGAUGGUGGAGAUGGACGAGCUCAUUUUCCUCACGGACCCCAUGUUCAGCUCCCGCGCCUCUCCCUCACAGUACAUGGGCCCGAAGCGAUUCCGCCGCCCCCCGUGUACCAUAAGUGAGCUCCCCCCAAUAGAUGCGGUCCUUAUCAGUCACAACCACUACGACCACCUGGACUACGGCUCCGUCCUGGCUCUGAAUGAGCGGUUUGGCAGUGACCUGAGAUGGUUCGUGCCUCUGGGUCUCCUCGACUGGAUGCAGAAAUGCGGCUGUGAGAACGUCAUCGAGCUGGACUGGUGGGAGGAGAAUUGCGUGCCCGGCCACGACAAGGUCACCUUUGUCUUCACGCCUUCCCAACACUGGUGUAAAAGGACCCUCCUGGAUGACAACAGGGUCCUGUGGGGCAGCUGGUCUGUGCUGGGGCCUUGGAACCGGUUCUUCUUUGCUGGGGAUACUGGCUACUGCCCUGCUUUCGAAGAGAUAGGGAAGAGGUUUGGGCCCUUCGACCUCGCAGCUAUUCCCAUUGGAGCAUAUGAGCCAAGUCAGUGCACAGAAUCUGGUCCUGUCAUGCCAUCCCCCUCCCGCCACCGUGUGCUCAGCGCGACUUUGAGAGCAGUGAGGGACCACACUGUCACUACUGAAGACCCAGAGGACCUGACUACUGUGUUGUACUUAAUACUGUCUCUUAGGAGAGAAGAGAAACCUACUGGUAUGCUUCACCGGAUGCUCUACCCUGACACUCCAGAACCAGACCAGCCAGCUGCCGGCAAGUAUGGCGCGUCAGACUGGCAGAGAAGGGUGCACUACUUAGAGCCUCCAGCGAAACUGAAGGAAGCUCUAGAGAGAUAUGGACUUCAGAGUGAAGACUUCUUUGUCCUGAAGCACGGAGAGUCAAGAUACUUGAAUACUGACGACAAAGCGUUUGAAGAGACAUGAAAUGGGACUCUCGGGAAAACAAACGAGAAGACUAAGAACUCGCGAACAUUACGCCGUUUUCCACGUGGAAACAACUUCCGCAAGUGUGUGUUUUGUUUUGCAUCCUAAUUUGCCAACUGCCAAGACUCACAGAAACUGUGAAAGUCCAGGGAGGGUCAUUCAAGGAACUGUCCACUGUAGACUUAAAGAAACACCAAUGACACAAACAUUGCAAUACAUUAUUUUCUAGCAAAACACUACAUUUUAGUGGUAGUAGAAUUUCUAAGGUUGUGAAAAAUGACAUUAAAGUUUCCUUUCUUUUUUCUGUGAUUCAGGGCUUUCUCAAGAAGAGUGGAGCUCCCCUACCUACCUAGACUGUUUAGACACACAGCCCUUUCCUAUAUUCAUAUGAUAAAAUGAUAAUCGUGACUUCCACAUGCAGAGUGAGCCUUCAGAUUGCACUGUCAGGAUGAGCUUCUGGCCUUGGUGACACACAUCUACAAUCCCAGCACUCCAGGGGAUGAGGCAGAUAGGUCACAAGUUCAAGGCCAGCCAGAGCUACCAGGAAGACCCUGUCUCAGGAGGAAACAGUAGCUUCUGUGCCAAGUGUUAAGGGAUUCAUUUUGUUCAGCAUAAGAAUGUAGGUGUUUGGGCUAAAUGAUCAUUUUACAGUGGAAAGAAGCUCCUUGCAUUGGGUGCUCACAUUCCUGUGCACCCGUGAGCAUCUCAAGGCAGCACCUACACAGCUGCGCCCCAGGUCAAAGCCGAUGGGCGAAGGGAACAGUGUAGGUCUGAGAUGUAGGGGAGUUUAAAUUUCCAAAGUCAGACACUCUGCUCGGCACACCGGAACCACAACGAAGUAUUUCACACAUCCUAAAUGUGAAUACAUCAUGCACUUGGAAUUAAAUUUCAUUUUCUUCAUUUCCAUUUUAUACACACACACACACACACACACACACACA